AUGGGUAAUCAGCCUAGUACACCCAAGAUAACUGACCAGGAUAGAGCCAUAUUUCAGCUCAAACAACAACGUGACAAGAUAAAACAACACCAACGGAAAUUAACCAUUAUCUGCAAUAAACAAACAGAAUUAGCCAAAAAGGCGAUAUCUAAUGACCAACCACAACGAGCUAAAUUUUAUCUACGGUGUAAAAAGAAUCAAGAGUCUACGAUUAAUAAGACAUUUGAACAAUUGGAUAAUUUAGAGAAGUUGAUUGGUACUAUUGAAUUCAAAUUGAUUGAAAAGGAUGUAAUGUAUGGAUUACAACAGGGUAACCAAGUAUUGAGGCAGUUGAAUAAUGAAAUGAAUGUUGAAAAGAUUGACAAGAUUAUGGAUGAUUUGGAGGAGGAAAAAUUGAAGGAGGAGGAGAUUAGUCAAACUUUAGGAUUAGGAUCAGGGUUGAGUCGAGUCGAUGAAGAUGCGAUUGAGCGGGAAUUUGCUAAACUAGAUCAAGAAAUACAUCCAAGGAAGGAGGCUGAAGCCAAGAAGGAAGAGAAAGUUGCUUUUCCUGAUGCACCAACUGAUCGUAUAUUGCCCAAAACACCAAGUACAUUGGAAGAGCGAGAGAAAGAUAAAGAGAAAGAACAGCCGAAAGCCAACGGACCAAUUGCAUUAUAA